UCUGAGGUAUUAACUCCAAAAUUAUAGAAUGAAUGAAAUGGUUCAGGAUGCGUAUGGGGUGCAUUCUGAUUUUGAAUUUGGUAAUAAUAACGUUGAAGAAACUCCCAACGAUAAAAGUAGAACUUUCUUUGAACAAUUGGAAGCUGCUAGUCGGCCUUUAUGUGAGGGGAGUCCUCACUCCCAGUUGUCUAUUGAUCUUAGGUUAUUAAAUAUCAAAUCAGAUUGGAAUUUUUCUCAAGGGGCAAUGGAUUCUGUGAUUGACCUUAUGCAUGAUUUAGUUGAUCCAAAACCAGAGAUACCUGAUAAUUUCUAUAAGGCAAAGAGGUUGGUGUCAAAAUUAGGACUGUCAUCGAUGAGAAUCCAUUGUUGUGAGAAUGGUUGUGUAUUAUACUAUAAGGAUGAUAUUGAUUUUGAAUCCUGUAAUUUUUGUGGUAAAUCUAGGUAUAAGCUUGCUCCUAGUGUGAAAAAAGUUGCUGUUAAGACGAUGCGUUACUUACCUCUUAUACCAAGGUUAAAAAGGUUAUAUGCAUCAAAUAGAUCUGCUCCUCAUAUGAGAUGGCACCAUGAAAACAGAAGACCACCUGGUAUUAUGUGUCAUCAUCCGAUGGAGAGGCUUGGAAGCAUUUUGAUAGAACUUAUCCCGAUUUUGCAGUAGAACCAGGAAACAUUAGAUUAGGUUUAUGUUCAUAUGGAUUCACUCGACAUUCUGUUUCUGCUGCACCUUACUCUUGUUGGCUUGUAUUUUAACACCAUGUAAUCUUCCACCUGAGAUGUGUAAUACCAGUCCAUAUAUAUUUCAGAAUUGUGUCAUUUUUGGCCCCUGCAAUCCAAAAGUCUUGGGUGUUGUGUA